AUGAAACGAUUUAUUGGGACUAUUACCACUCUUGGAGGCCUCGGUGCUGCCCAGCCCAACGAUGCCCCUGAAGUAGCAGUCCUCAAGGCUGUGGAAAAUGACUACUUAUCACUACCUACGAUCGUCGAGGCUGCCGAGUCAAGCCCUGCAGCAGCCAAAGUUGCUGCAAAUCAGAUUCAGAAAUACAUCUCAAAACCGGCUACCUCGCACCCCCAACGCCAAUACAAUGCGAUCAUGCUAAUACGAAUCCUGGCUGACAAUCCGGGCCCCUCUUUCACUCGUAAUCUUGAUGCGCGGUUUACAGCGUGUGUCAAGGUCCUACUUCGCGAUGGAAGGGACAUGAAUGUUGCGCAGAUCUUGCGCGAGACUCUUGAAAUGCUGUCGACAACGAAAGCUGACGACAGUAACCUCUCCGGACUUAUCCAAAUGUGGAACAGAGAGAAAGAGAAAUUCGAGAAAACCUAUGGUUACCCGCCAUUUGGAAUACCACCCGCUCAGAUGCUCAUGUCUACCCCCGUAUCGGAAUUCUACAACAACGAUAUGCUCAUGGAAUUCGCUACUCGUUGCCAGUCUGCAUCUAGAUCUGUGCAGGGCUACAUAAACUCAUCUAACCCGGCGCCGGAUGAAGACACUAUGCUUACCCUGAUUGAAACUAAUGAUAAGAUCUCCGUUGCCUUAUCGAGAUACAAUCGUGCUGCCCUAGAAGCAAGGAAAGCUGGCUUUAAAUCUCCAUCGGAGUUGGCUGAACCAGGCCAGUAUCUAAUUGACCACAUUCCUGACCACAACCAGAACAAUAAUCGGGGCCAACACCAGAACCCGGACUACAGGAGUGGACAACCAUCCCUUCAGACAACUGGCCCAUUACCUGUUGGGGAUACUGGACCGGAGCCGGUACAGCCAAAAAAGCAACGAUAUAUACCCCGGCUCUCCAUGCCCAGAAUGCCCAAGAAGCUCUCUAAAACGUCACCAAGUCAAGCUCCCGUUCAGAAUGAGGAAACAAAACCAACGCUAUAUACACCGCCUGCCCAUACCGCCAAUGCCGAAAGAACACCUGCGUCGCCUCCAGUAUCCCCACCGGAAACCUACGCAAAUAACAUGGCGUCAAAGCAUAGCUGUGAAGCGCACGAUUCCUAUGCGAAUGGAACCUCACAGUUAAUUAACAGCAAUAGUAGUAACCACCACGCCGAUACGAGCAAUAUGAACCACCUUCCCCAUACCACUAUUGCACCACCUAUAUCGUGGGAAUACAAUCCAAACGAAUUCCAGGUCGAGAAUCCGUUUGCCGAUAAAUUCGCAACGGACGCUAAUUCGGGAACUGAUUCAAAUAGGGUCAGCAGGAUUGUUGAACAUGAUGGCACAGAUGCUGCUACUACUGCUGAUCAUGAUGAGCUUAAUCAAUCUGCGAAGAGGGGAAGGUAUUACUCCCAGGACUUUAACUUAUUUGAUAACACCAAGCAGACACCGUCUGAAGCGCUAGCCUUAGCACCUGGAUCGAAUCAUGAAAAUAAGCCAACGAACCAUCCCUCAGCUCAUACAUGA